AUGGCCACGCGAAUCCUGGUCACUGGAGGUUCCGGCUAUGUGGGCCGCUUCUUGCUGCCGGCCUUGGAGCAAGAUGGUUACCACGUGGUGGGGGUGUCCCGUUCGAGCUCGACAGCAAUGGAUGUCAGCAGUGCGAGCGACUGCGAGCGUGUCCUCAACGAGGUGCGCCCUGAUGUCAUCGUCCACACCGCCGCUUUGAGUGCACCAGCGACGUGCGAGCAAGACCCUGCGGCGGCUGUGACAAGCAACGUCGCAAGAGCUUUGGUGCAGAAGGUGAGCGUCGGAGACGGAGGGGGAGGCGACAUGCCAGUGAUGUUGGCCUCGCCGCGUCGCAGCUUCAUUGCCAGUGAAGCGACUCUGUCGCGAAGGCCAAAGAAGCCAAUCCCACGACAAGGUUCGUCUUUCUCUCCACCGACCAAGUCUACGAUGGCAAAGGACACCUCGUAA